UUAAAUCCAUACAUCCAUGCUCCAUGUUGAUGUUGUUACUUUUGAAUACAUAAAAGUUUUUUUUUUUUUUAUUUUUCACGGUUCUGUACAUUUUCCAAUUAGUAACGAUUUCAGAAAAUCACUAAUAAAUUUUUUAUUCAUAGAACAUCAACGCAAAAAGUUUAACAUGUCAUUUCGUGGACGUGGUGGCGGGUUCAGAGGUGGAAAUAGAGGAGGUGGUGGCGGAGGAUUUAGAGGAAAUAAUCGUGGAGGUGAUAGAAACCGGGGGUAUGAUCAAGGUCCACCGGAAUCAGUAACAACUUUAGGACACUUUGAGUGGUCAGUUCAAGAUGAUCUUGUAGCUAAGGUAGACAUUGAACAAGUUCCAUUUUUUAAUGCUCCAAUUUAUACUGAAAAUAAACAGCAGAUUGGAAAAAUUGAUGAAAUAUUUGGAAACAUUCGAGAUUAUUAUGUUUCAAUAAAACUUUCUGAAAAUGUAAAAGCUUCGAGUUUUGAAAAAAAUUUUAAGUUAUUCAUAGAUCCGGCUAAACUAUUGCCACUUCAAAGAUUUUUACCAAAACCUCCAGGAUCGAUUGAAAAACGUGGCCCUAGUCGCGGUGGUGGAGGACGAGGAGGUAGAGGUAGUAGCCGUGGUAAUAGUAGAGGAGGUAACAGAGGAGGUGGUGGCUUUGGUGGUCGUGGUUCUAGAGGCGGAGGUGGAGGUGGAUUCCGUGGACGUGGUGGAUUCGGGCGAGGCGGCAACAGCCGCGGUGGUAGUGGUGGUGGUGGUGGUGGAAGAGGAGGAAGAUGGUGAAAAAUAUUUCUAUAUGAAAUAUACGACUUUUUCCAUUCUACAAUUUACUUAAAAUAUGUUGUUAUAUAUUUAUAUUUACUAUAAAUACAGAAAAAUAUGAAAAAAUUAUCAAUUUUACACAUUUUCACAAUUGCAGUAUAAAACGAAAUUUGAAAUAAAUAAAUAAAAAAAAAAUCUAAAUUUAGAUAA